GUAACCCCUUUUCCGUCCGCGUGACGCGUCAGGCUUUCAUCCGGGUUCUGUGUGACGUGCACACUUUCCAACAUGGCGGCGUCAGCUAAGAAGAAUAAGAAGAAGGGGAAGACUUUAACCCUGACGGACUUCCUGGCGGAGGAUAGCGGUGGAUCUGCACCGCCCGUUUAUUCCAGCGCUAAGCCCACCAGUUGGGCGGAUGAGACCGACGACCUGGAUGGAGAAGUGUCCACUUCCUGGCACACCCCUGAAGAUUCGUAUCGUGCCCCGCCCAUCGAUCGCUCCAUCCUGCCCACGGCUCCUCGUGCGGCCCGGGAGGUGAACGUCGACCGGUCGCGUCUGCCUCGCAGCCCUCCUUACACCGCCUUCCUCGGAAAUCUGCCCUACGAUGUGACCGAAGAGUCCAUCAAACAGUUCUUCCGAGGCCUCGCGAUCAGUGCCGUGCGGUUGCCGCGUGAACCCAGUAACCCUGAGCGACUGAAGGGUUUUGGCUACGCUGAGUUUGAUGAUGUCGACUCGCUGCUCCGUGCGCUCACGCUCAAUGAGGAGAACCUGGGAAACAGACGGAUUCGAGUAGACAUCGCAGAUCAGUCCAAUGACAAAGAGCGUGACGGAGGUAUGAUGGGGCGUGACCGGGACCGCGAUCGUGGGCGUGGCGGUGACGGCGGUCCUGAUAAGACGGACUCUGAUUGGAGGGCUCGUCCCAGCGUGGAGCAGGAUGACGGCCCGCGCAGGGACGACGGCUUUGGAGAGAGGUCACGUGAGUCCGAUCGAUUCAGGGAUGGACCACGGCGUGACGACCGAUACGGCGGUCGAGAUCGCUUUGACGACCGGGACCGCAGGGACCGCUAUGACGACCGGGAGCGCUAUGACGACCGUGAUCGCAGGGAUCGCUAUGACGACCGGGAGCGCCAUGACGAUCGGGAUCGCAGGGAUCGCUAUGACGACCGAGGAGGCAGGGAUUACGACCGUGGAGGAUAUGAUUCCCGUGGUGGAGGACGCCGGGCAUUCGGUAGCGGAUACAGGCGCGAUUAUGAUGACAGGCGGGAUGGAGAUCGUUAUUCAGACGACCGCUACGAGAAACGAGACGACAGACGCGAGGAAAGAGGUCCUCCUCAGAGACCCAAACUGAACCUAAAACCCCGCAGCGUCCCAAAAGAGGAGGAACAGGGUGGUGGUGGUGGCAGCGGAGGUGGCGGAGGCGGCGGAGGCUUGUCUCCUCAGGCCAACCCCAGCAGGUCUGCCUCCAUAUUCGGAGCGGCAAAACCCGUGGACACGGCAGCCAAGGAGAGAGAGGUGGAGGAGCGUCUGAAGAAGGAGCAGGAGCGGCUGCAGCGACAGCUGGAGGAGGACAAGCCCAGACCUUCAGAGAGACGAGCUCGAGACCGGGACCCGAGCUGGCGCGGCGAGUCGACAACCAGCGAGCACGAGCGCACAGGAAGUGAAUCCGCACACCAAGGAGAUUCUAAGCAUCAUGAAAGUGAGCCUGUGGAAAAUGAAGUGGAUGAACCCAUCUCUCCUGGGCCCCGCCCACCAACCUCCCCUAGUCAGGGAGCUUUACCGCUGAAGGCGAUGCCGGCUCCUCCGCCAAAGGAGAAUGCCUGGGCCAAAAGGAGCACAGGAGGCGGAGCUAACACUACACCUUCAUCUGCACCCGGUGGCGGUGGCACGGCUUACAAACCGAGAAUCUCCUCAAAUUCGGAUGAACCUGUUGCUGAAAAAGAUGAGAAUCAGUUGGACGGUGUAGGACGGGAGAAAGGUGUGUCUCAGGGAAGAGGGGGCGGGGCAUUGAGAGGGGGAGGUAGGGGUCGAGGAGCUGAUCGAGGAGGAGAUGGACCUAACAAAGACAGACGACGAGAACCAACAGAGAAGAAAGAGAGCAGGCGAGAGCCCAGACCCGGAGCAGAGCCAAAGAAGUAUGAGGAGACUGCGCCUCCAGUAAGUACUAAAUUCAGCUCAGCCAGUAAAUACGCUGCGUUGCUGAUGGAUGGUGAGCAGCCAGGGGAAGAAGAUGCAGAGGAUUAAACGAGAAGAAAUAAACGAAGAGCAAACACACAAAUAUAGGAUAAUGUUGCAUUUAGGAAAACAAAUUUGAUCAAAUACUUGCUGAGACUUUGGUUCUGCUGGUUUAUGCAGUGAAGGCAGUGAUAAACUGGGGAGAAUCGUUGCAUGGGUUGUCAGAGCUGUUCUUUAAUGUUUGUCGAAAUUUUCUAAAAAGGUAAUCCAUAAUUUGACUAGUUUUAAUUAGUAACAGUAAAGAACCAGCUUAUAAACGUAUAAACUCUGACAGGCAUUAUGGGGUUUAAAGAAGUGUAAUUUGCAAAGUAUUGUUAUAAAUAAAUUUGAAAAGUAAGUAAAAAAAA